CCUGCGGCGCGGCCUCCCUGGCGAGGGGAAGGGGCCCGGGCUGGGCCGCGGCGGCGCCAUGGGGAAGCGAGACAACCGCGUGGCUUACAUGAAUCCCAUAGCUAUGGCCAGAGCACGAGGUCCUGCCCAAAAUUCAGGACCAACAAUACAAGACUACUUGAACAGACCAAGGCCGACAUGGGAAGAAGUGAAAGAACAGUUAGAGAAGAAAAAGAAGGGAUCCAGGGCUUUGGCUGAGUUUGAAGAGAAGAUGAACGAGAAUUGGAAGAAAGAACUGGAAAAACACAGGGAGAAAUUACUGGGUGGAAAUGAGAGUUCCUCCAAAAAGAAAGAGAAAAAGAAAAAAGAAAAGAAGAAAUCUAGUAGGUUGUCUUCAUCUUCCUCUUCUUCAUCAAGCUCUGAUUCUUCCAGCAGUGCAUCUGAUUCAGAAGAUGAGGAUAAAAAGCAGGGGAAGAAAAAAAAGAAAAAGAAACACCGCUCCUCACGGAAAUCUUCAUCAAGCUCAGCUUCUGAAUCUGAGUCAGACAGCAAGGACAGCACAAAAAAGAAGAAGUCAAAGGAUGACCAUGAGAAAGAGAAGGAUGGUAAAAAUCAUCACAGAAAGAGGAAGAAAGCGGAUCGUGGUGAUGGGCCUUUAUCAUCAGAAUCCUUAUCAGAACCGGAUCAGACAGAGGAGGCUCAAGUGAAAAAGAAGAAAAGCAAUGAGGAAAAAGAGAAAGCAACAGAUAAAGCAAAAAAGAGAAAGAAGCACAAGAAGCAUAGUAAAAAGAAGAAAAAGAAAGCUGCUGGUUCAAAUUCAGAUUUGGAAUAGUAUUU